GGUAUCGAACGAGCGUUCGCUGUGUUUUGUGAGCCCGGGGGUCAUUAACAGCCGGAGGCUGCGGUGUGUCAGUGGCGAGGAUGGAACGCGGAAAAUACGCGGAGGCGGAGGCGGUACCAGGCGCCUGGUAGCGAGCGCGGCCAGCGGCACCGAGCGGCACCGGCUGAGCGCAGAGGGGGAGGCGCGGGGACCGGCGACCCCCGGCAGGAAACGGGGGGCGGGGCCAGGGGCGAGGCCGCGCGUCGAUUGGGCGGCGGCGGUGCCCGCCGCUAGGCCCGCCCGGGGCCGCGGUUCCCAUGGAGACGGGCCCGCCCGUCGCGCCGCCCGUGAGACGCGGCCUGCGCCGGGAGCGGGAGGACGCGCCGGUUCGUGCCGGGCGGGGCCGCUCCGCGGGCGCCAUCGGGAGGCAUCAGCGGCCGCGCAGCGCUUUGACGCGGCAGCCGCGCGCCCUUCUCUCGCUGGGGAUCCGCGGCCUUCCCGCGCCCUCCCCGCUGCCGGGUGCCCCGUGUCCUGCCUCUCGGUCCCGAGGGCGGCCUUCUGCCGCCGUGUGCUCCUCUCCGCGGCCUUCCUCUAAGGAGCUCGACCUCGGCAGCCUGCCUGCCGUCCGCUCUUCUGCCUGGAGCAUCCGACCCUCUGGGUCCUCCAUGGGACUUCUCGCCCCUCCGCCGGCGAUCUGCCUCCUGCCUGCUGGCUGUUCCCCUGGCAGCGCUUUCUUUUGCUCCCACUAGAUGAUGUCUUUCUCUCCCUCUCUGCACUGAAGGUGUACAACCUUCUGGUCCUGCAAAGAGCAAACGUUUCUUCCCACCCUGCCUCGUCUUAUGCAGUCCCUUCUGCCUCCUACACUUCUGUCUGUCCUGCGUAAUGGCAGAGCCUGCCGUCAGGCUGUCAUGUACCCCGCAGCAUAGCCUGCCCCGUGCUUUGCCAGAGGGGAAUCCCUGCUCAGUACCUGACAUCCCAGCUUUCUCUGGUAUGUUAUUGGUUCUUAUCCUGUCCCCCAGCUUCUGCUAAAUUUUAUCUAUUCUGAUCAGAUUGUAUAAUGCACGAUGUAUAUUUGCUGUUUUACAUGUCUAACCUUACUUUUAAAUAGCAAACCAGCUACUAGCAGUAAAGAAAGAGAUAGCACCAAGUGACGUUAACUUGUAUCACUGAUUGUCAUAAUCUUUUUCUUGGAAUGGUGGGGUUUUUUGGGUUUUGGGUUGUUGUUUUUUCAACAAUGCUAUGGCACAACAUGAGUGUAGCUGUGGCCUAUGCUGAUUGCAGCGCAUAGUGAAACAGCUGUGCUAAUGCUCAGGUGGUCUUGGUUCUGUCUGUUACUGUUUCAUCAAGGGAAAUAGUUGUGGCUAGAGAUAAUUAACUGAUGCUGGCUGUGUGGCAUUUUCUUUGUCCUCUUUUCUGUAAUUUUGAAAGGACAGGAAGCAAUCCUGGCUUAUUAGCUCUGCUGGUCUGUUAUGUGCAUCUUAUUCUUUGUACAACAAGGAAGUGUUUUCAGGACAGCAAGGAAGAGAGAAGCAAGUACAGCUUCUUUAUACUUUGAACAAAACUUUAAAGCUUUACAUCCCUUUGACAAAUAGGGGUUGUAUGGAAGUCUGAAGGUUCUCAAGUGUUACUCUAAAAUGUUCUUUAGCAUCACCUUGUUCUCCUUAUUUGGUUGAAAAGCGACUAGCUCAAACAUGGCAUCUAACUUCUUAUUGUUGAAGUAGCGUUUUAGUAGCAACAGUUGUGAAGUCUCCACUGAAUCAGAUAUGCCAGCCGCAUUCAAUGACGUGUGAUUUACAGCCGAGCCAUCGCGUCUCCUUGGUAAAGAGGCUGAUGUGAGUCCCGCUAGGGCCUGACGUGUGGGAAGAGCAGCACCCUUCACUCUUCUCUUUCUGGAUGUGCUUGAACUCCUGUUUCAGAUUUAUAGAAGUAUUACAAAUGGAGAAAGAACUAAACGAUCUCCUUCAGUGGAAAGAAAAAGAAGGGAAAGAGCUACAUGCGUGCCAGUUCCCAUGUCAAACGAAAAUGCUGCAAGGUAUCAAAAAGCAACUCCAGGACAUGCAUGAAAAAUUUAACAGAUUGAAAGAAGAUUUUGUCUAUAACCUAAGAAUUUUAGAAGAGAGAGAUAAAGAAUUAGAACACUAUGAUUUCACAGUUGCUCAUCUGAAAAUAUCCGUAGAUGCUAAACAGGCGGAGAUUAGUGAUCUUAGAGUACACCUGGGUAAAGUGCAGCAAAUGCUUGUCAAGGAGAGAAGAAAAAGACAUGAACUUCAUCAUCACUAUCGAAAACACAUUGAAGAACAAAAAUUUGAGCUGGAACGGUUCUGCAGGAACAGUCACAUAGAUCAUCAGCAUGAGGAGCAUGUGAACCUGAAACAUCACAUGGAGAGAAAAACCCAAGAACUGGAAGGAGAGCUUGCCUGUCAGAAACAGGUGAAGCUGCUGACCAGAGAACUGGAGACUCUGAAAGAGACUGGAGUGCAAACAGCAGAAAUGUUUGAUUUGAGACUGGAGAAAGAAAACCAGUUCAACGAUUUUGUUGCUGUGAAAGAUGCUUGGCAUGAAGAACUAGCUCAUGCUGCUAAGGAAAAGGAUGCAAUGCCAGCUUCAGUGGAAGACGCCCAAGUUAAACAAUCUAAAAAGUUGAGGCAGCAGAUUAGAGAACUGCAGAUGAGACACAGAAGUCUGGAAACUGAGCUACGUAGAAGAGAAUGGCAUCACAGUGCUUGUUCAAGAGAGAAAGAUGCUCUUAUUAGAAAGUACAAGCAACAACUGGCUCUGGCAGCUGAGCGAGAAUGGAUUCUGGAACGGAGUGAAAUGCAAGCAGAACAGGACUGGCAGCAGCUCUGUGAGAAUGCUGAACGUAAUCGGUAUCAGAAAUCACAGGAUCUAACACAAAGCCUGUCUUCAGCAAGAGAGCAAAUAUUUGAGUAUGAUGAUAAAAGUUCUCUGAGCAAAGAUAUUCCUACCUUGGAAAUAAAAAAGCUGCAGGAGCAGAAUGCCAGCCUUCGGGCUGCUGUGGCACAAAUGAGGAAAGAAAUGGAGAGUCUUGAUGAGCAGAUGUUGUCUUCUCUUCCUCUGACAGAAAACAGACAGCUUGCAGAGCAAGGUUCAUUGUGCACAAACAGGAUUUCAUCUGGGACCACUUUAAGCAAUAUCAAAGUCAGCUCAGCUAACUUGGAUUAUGUAGUAAACCCAGACACAGAAAAGGGGCCAAACCCCAAAGUUCUUGAAGAAAAGAUGGUAGAUCUUGAACAGCAGUUACCUGACGUAAGUCCUGGAGUUGGUCUUCAAUAUGGUGUCAGCUGCACUCUACAAGGAAUGCAAAAUAAACUGAAGGAAGCAGCAAGAAAAAUCUCAAAUCUGAACCAAGAGAAGCAGCAGCUGAUUGAAAUGGGAAACGGACUCCGGGCAGAACUUGGAAUGGUAUUAAAGGAAGGACUUUGGCAUCCUGUUAGCUCUAACCGCUGCACAGUUUGUGUUGCCUCUGGUAGUCUUCUCCCAAGAGAGCUUCUCAGAAGGACACAGUGUCAGCUAUCAGCCUUAAAGCAUCUACAGCACAGGCUUACAACACAGGAGCUGCAGUGUGCAAAGCCACAGCGUCCCUCAGGGAUCUCUUCUCUACUUGCCUGCCCUAGCUUAAAGGAAGAAGCAGCUCCAAGCGCCUGUGGGGAAGAAACAGAAUUGCCAUCCACUGAGGUUCGGGUAGAUUUCUCUGUUGAAAAUCACGGGCCAGAGCAACGAAAGGCUGAUAGAUCCUCAAAGAUCGGUCAAAGUCACCCACUCAGGCAGAACACUAGUCAAGCCCAGCAGGUCCAGCUUUCUUCAUCUAGAGCACAUGAUUUCUGCCAAGGUGUUUGGCAAACUUUAGAAAUGGGAUCAAGCCCUUCUAUUCUCAGUCCUCAAAAGAACGCUGACCAAGGGGAGUUUGAAGUUAUACGUUCAAAUGAGCAAUCUGAAGAAUCGCAGCAAAAUAUCAAAGCCAAGGAUAAACUUGAAAUGCCAGCUGCAGAUUUGACGGUCAGAGGAACCAGGCUGGAAGUUCAUCAGAAGUUAAAAUCCAGGAAUUUGUCGUAUGCUCAUCCCAUAAAACCAAAAAUCUCUUCUAACAUGGCAAAAAUCCGCAACUAUAAUAUUAGAGACUGAUUUCUUUGUUGGCAGCAAGUUCCAGGUCCACACUCGCUUUUAACUUACUUUGAAGUCUAUAAAUCAGAUGUAAAUACCGGCUUCAUUUUUGUAUGUUGAGUUGGGAUUUUUGCAGCCAGAAGAGAGAACAAAUACCCUGUUUCAUACUGUGAACCCUAAAAUAAAGGGUUAAUAUGUGUACAUUAUGAGAUCAGUCUUCACUGUUAAUACCGAUUUAUUUUAAUUAUAUAUGUUAAAUAUUGCUUGCAUCAUGGAUUUAGAAAUGCCCAAUUAAUACAUAUGUAAAGCCUUGUGCCUUUAGGCAGGGCUUGGAGCUCUUUAGCAAAUAUUUUGUUGAGAAACUGUAGAUGUGAGUUAAGCUUAGAAGUGGGGUGCCUCAACUUACUUGUUUUCUUACAGCUAACAAUGCAACCGUUAAUCCUGCGCAGCUAUCUUUCUGCUUGAAAGGGGUUUGAAAAGAUUGCACCCAAAUGUGUAUUGUUUCUCAUUUUACGUAGCUCUUCCCACUUGUUCAGGCAGCAUGCAAGAGUAUAAACCUAAACUUCUACUGUCCCACCGGUUAUUAUAUUGUUCUUUAACAAGAGAUCGCGUAGAGCUUAAAGCAAUGAACAACACAUUCAUUAGCAACACUUAGAAUCAUACAGAAGCAUUGGAAGAAAUAAAUCUUACAAAGAUGAAAUUAAAAGAAAACUUGAACACGUUGCAGUGUAAUGAGGGAUAUCUAUACAGUUAUGAAAACGCCAGGACAUUGAAACAAGUAAUCAGUGUGGUUUCGUAAUAUUUCCAGUAAUGCUGGGCUGUCUUGGGAUAUUACAGUGAUGAGCUUUACUAAAAGCAAAGGAAAUACACAUGAAAAAGGCAAGAAAAAACCUUUUUUAACUGUGAGGAUGGUCAAGCCCUGGAACAGAUUGCCCAGAGAGGUUAUGGAGUCUCCAUCGGUGGAGAUACUCAAAGCCCAACUAGACAUGGUCCUCGGCGACCUGUUCCAGCUGACCCUCCUUGAGGAGAGGGGUUGGACUAGGUCAUCUCAGAAGGUCCCUUCCAACCUAAGCGCUCCUGUGAGUGGUAUCACUGAAGUGAAUAAUACUUCUCAGUUGCUGCGAAAAACAUACAAGCUCUAAACAGGAUUAAUGAAGGAAGAGAGCUGCUUGCCCAUGAGCGCUUUUUUUUCCUGUAGUGCUUUUCUUUUUAGAAAUGCAUUUCGGGUGCUCUUUGCAAGCAGCUGCUCUCUUUGGCAUCAGACAAUGUGGUAGUAAUCAUUUUGAGAAUUUGAAUAAUUGUUUUUCUACUCCCUGCUGAAAAUGUUUUGCGUUAGUGCAAAGGA